CAAGCCACAGAAAGAAGAUGGGAGAGUAGUUUUGUGCUCUGGGGACAAGGGUAGUAUCUUUGCAUUUUGAAAUCUCUUGGCAUGAGAGGCUUAAAGAUACUCGUCAGGAGACUCUACCCAACAUGGACCUGACGCUACUGGAUGUACCGGCAGACCUGGCUGCUGUUCUGAACUCCGCACAGUUACAGUCCAGUUACCAAAAUGCACAAAUCACCGAAGUUCCCCCACCUCAGAUCGUGGUUCAGUCGAAGCUUUCUCUGCCCCCAGAUAUCGACAACUAUCCAUUCUCUCUUUUCAUAAGAUCAUAUUUUAAGGAUGCUGUCUUGCCACCCUUGGGCACACCUCUUCAGGAUCCAUUAACUCGUGUGUCAAGGGAAAGUCAUGCUGCUGCUCUGGGGCUAUACAAAUUGGCCUUGAGGUUUGUAGGAAACACAGCAAUGCCUAAUUGGCAACUGAGAAUUCUUGGUAAUUACAUAGCUGAGCGAUGCCUGCAACAGACGUCUUUGACAGACGAGGUGCUGUGCCAAGUAGCAAGUCUGACAGUGCAGAAUACCAACGAACAACAAUGCCAAAACGCGUGGCUCUUGCUUUCAGCCCUUCUGAGCUGCAUCACUCCAUCACCGACCCUGGAAAAAUACCUACUUAAGUAUGUCUCUGAUCAAGGCUUUGGGGGAUAUAAAGCCAUAUGCCAGCAUUCUCUUCUUCGAUCAGGGUGCCAUGGACAGAACAACCAUGAAGCCUUCCGAAGUCAUGCCCCCAGCAUGCUUGAGUGGACAGCUAAUGAGCGGAAAGGAAAGAUGGUAGUUGAUGUGCAUACAUAUACUGAAGAAAAAUACUCCACUGAAAUAGAUUCUUGGACAACUGGAGAGCAAAUUGCAAGCUGGCUUCUGCAGUCCAGAGGUAUGGUGGAGACUCCCCGGGGCUGGUCUGUUUCUAUAUUGGAUGGGGAUCAGUGGCUAGAUCUACCUGGAAAUGAAUUUUUGCUGGAUGUGAUCUCAGAAGUAGAAGAUCGCACCCCUCCUGCUUUUUCGAAAUCAACUGACUACCUUUUUGGAGACAACAAAAUUCCAGAGCCCCCUCCAGACAUUGCACCUCCACUGCCACCUGGACAUCCAACAUUCUCAGCUCCCCGUCUCCCACCUGCUCCUCCACCUGCACCACCUCCGGCACCCCCACCUUUUCGGCCUACUAUGGAUAGAGGUAAUGUUCCAAUUCCACCAGCCCCACCAAUUCAAGCCCCACCUCUGCCAACUGCAGGUCAAGAUGCUAGUUACUUGGACAUAUAUUCAGCAAACAUUGGAGGACAGAGUGGCCCACAGAGACUUGACAACUAUGUAGAUCAGCUCUUCAAUCCUGUGCUUUCCCCCCCAACUGAUUUGGAUAGAGCUGAGAAUCUUAAUUGGCGUAUGAAGGGUGGAGGUGGCAUUGGACCUUCACACCAAGGCCCUUUUAGCCAAGGAGUUGGUUCAGUUCCUUCAUAUGGUAUGCCAAUGAUGAAUGGAAUGAUGCCAGCCAUGGGAACCAUGCCAUUGAUGCCCACUUUGCCUGCAAUGAUUCCCACGCAAGCAAUGAUGCCCCAAGUUAUGCCACAGACUAUACCGGUGCCUGCUAUAGAUCCCACACAGCUAGCAGCACAACAACAAGCAUUCAUUAAUCAGCAGGCUCUUCUGUUGGCACAGCAAAUGACUCUUCAGGCCACAAUGCUAUCUCAGCAACAGCAGUCACAGCAUCUUCAGGAUCCCCCCCAGCGGAUCAGAGACCCUCCCGUGCUUCCUGCUUCCAAACCUGCUCCAAAACCAUCACCCAAAGCUGCUCCAAAACCAUCUCCUAAAGCUGCUCCAAAACCAGCUGUGCCCCCUGAUCCAGUUCCUGACGUUUCUCCUCCUGCGACACACCCCGCUCCAGCACCUACCCCUCCACAGCCUAAGCCAGAGAUUCAGCAGCCACAGAAAUCUAAAGAGAGUGUCUUUGACACUGAUGAUGAAUCUGAUUACUCCGAGCAGAGACGAACAUUCCAACAGAAGCGCCGGUUCUUCCAACAAAUUGUGCUUAACCAUUAUAAACGUUUAAAUUUUUUUAAAACAGCUUCUCAAGAUAUUAAAAUAAAAUCAUUGAAGCCUCCUUCCAAAAUCCUGCUUCCUGGUACCGGCUCUGAGAGUAACAGUGAUGAAGAGUUUCCUGAACCAGCACAACCAGAGCCCCAGCCAGCUGAGAAUAUCCCCGUUCCAAAGGCAAUUCCAGUGAAACCUCCUCCUCCUCCUCCUCCUCCUGCUGCUGCUGCUUCUAAAAAGGCAAAGCCUGAAGAUAAAGACCUAGUUAAAAGUGUUGUAAAAAAUACUCCAAAACCCCAGCCCAGUCGGGAAAUACGUGAAAUUAUUAUGAUGUAUCAAAACCGCCCACAACCAGAGCUCAAGCCUUUUCAGCCAGUCAGGAGACCAGCAAAAAGCUUUCUGAAGACAAAUGACCCAAAACAAGAGGCUCUAGAAAGACUUCAAAUGGCUGUAAACCGUCCACCGGACCCUCCUAAACCACCCAAAGAAAAACCAAGUGAGAAAUCCAGUUCUAUUCGGGAGAAGCAGAAAUCCCUUUUUGAUGUCUUUCCACCAAGCUUCAUUCCUCCUCCGCCAGAAAUACAGGCUCCCAGAGAGGCAGGGCGUACUCUCGAUGGUGACAAUUCAGUAAGAUCCAUCCUCUCCAAGCACACAGCUAGCGUUUUCUUCUCAUACAGCGAUGUCUCCUGGAGAUUAUACAUGCGCAAAGAGCUUUUCUAUCCAAAAGAGAAGUUCACGCACCCACACUGCCUGAAUCUCCUGUGCGAGCAGAUCGUUCGGGAUACAUUCUCAGACUCUGGAUUCAGACUUACACGGGAAGAAAGAAAGAAGAUGAGGGACCUUCUGGGUGAGUUUCACGUGGGGAGUGAUGCUCAAUCCAUCCCCGAGGAAUCCAUCAAGAAACGCAUUGUUAUAGCUGCACGGGACAACUGGGAGAAUUACUUCUCACGUCUUUUUCAUGUUAGCCUAGAGGAGGACAGUGAAUUGCUGAUGCUAGGAGUCUCUCAUAGAGGGAUCCGUCUUGUGAAGGAAGUCAGUGCCACAGGUAUCCAGAAGAGACACUUAAAGACUUUGUGCAGCUACAGUUUUGCAGAUGUCCUUUCCUUGGAGAUGGCUGACUCCUUCUCUAUUAAAUUCUGUCUUCGGAAUGAGGAUCUGCUGUUAUAUUGUGACAAAGCAAAGUCAUUAAAGUCGUUGGUGGAUGUUUUCAUGCAAGAAUUGGUUAAGGACUCAAAUCAUGUAGUUGCUCUACGCAGCUACAUUACCGAUGACAAAAGUCUCCUCCAGUUCAAAAAAGGCGACAUUAUCAAAGUACUACCAAUGGAUGGACUGCAGCCAGGAUGGCAGUUUGGGUCCAUUGGUGGACGUUCUGGUCUUUUCCCCUCUCAUUUGGGGCAACCAGCAGCCACCCCCGAUUAUUACACAGUGCUUGAGAGGAAGGUUGAAAGCAAGAAGGAACCACCGAUCUUGAAAAGGACCAUAAGCAAGGAGAGUGGCCAGACUAGUGAGAGGUCCAUUUCCAGAGAAAGCCUAUCUCCUCCUCCCAUUUACGCUCCUACCCCACCACCAAUGGAUACUACCAAUUACACAAUGGUGGAAUUUGCACUGAAAUAUUUCCGGGAACUGCAAACUAUGCUUGGCUGGAAGGGAAUGGCUGCUGAAGGAAGGAAGCCUGUUGAAAUGGUACAACACAUAAAGGUUCCCAUCCAGGAGUCUCUGAUCUAUUACACAGAUAAAGAGCUAAAUGAACAAGCAACAGCUAAUUUCAUGACUCUGAUGAGAUUUAUGGGAGAUCAACAUUACAGAGAGCAGGAUGACAUUGAAUGUCUAUAUGAGAUACUGCAGCUUUGCAGAGAGAAGGAAACCCUAAGAGAUGAGGUUUACUGUCAAGUGCUGAAACAAAUAACAGAAAAUCCCAAGCAUGAAAGCUGCAAACGCGGAUGGAUUGUUCUAAGUCUGCUUACUGGAUUCUACCCCCCAUCUAACACAUUACUACCAUAUGUUACCAAAUACCUGCAAGACAUUGAAGGCACCUACCAAGAAAUGUCACGGAAUUGUCAGGAACACCUCCGUCGAACAGUGCGGUAUAAUGGACGCCGACAUCUCCCACCGCGCAGAGAGCUGGAGGCACUACUGAGCGGACGGGUUUCCCGACGUCUUGUGAUAUUUUUGCAUGGCGGAAUUGAAUACAGCACCAAAAUCAUAACUUUCACGGCAAGUAUCACCUUGUGCUCCUCAGUCCUCUACUAUUCACAAACAUCACAUUUACCUUUGUUCAUCUUUCAGGUGGCAGGUGAUUUGGUAUCAGAGAUUUGUGAGCACUUGGCGGUUUCUGAUCCAAAGGAGAUGGAAGAAUUUGCCAUAUUUGCUAAUAAAAACCAAGGCGAGAUUAUGAGGCCUCUGCGUCCUGGAGAAUAUAUCCAUGAUUUUCUGCUCCAAGACAAUUCCGUGACCCUGGAAUUCAGACGUGUAACUUGGAAAGCCAACUUCAGCAAACGCAGUGAACUUUAUGUGGAAGUGCAUUUUAGCCAAGUGCAUCAGGAUUAUAUGCAGGGAAAUUUCCUGCUACUUAGUCCUUCAAGUAAACUGGAGAUGCAGACAGGGGCCGUGGCAGCAAUCCUGCAUCGAAUAAAAGGUCUAAGCCACCCUCCUAACAAGCAGGAGCUUAUGAUGUACAUACCAAGCUCUGUACAGAAACGUCUUAACUUGCAGGCUGUUCAACAGUAUCUAAUGCAAGAACUUCGCUCAACAGAGAAACUGACUGUCCAGCAGGGCAAGCUUCGCUUUUUAGAGACCGUGGCAGCACUCCCUCUCUUUGAUUAUAAUGUCCUCCAAGUGGAAAGAAUCAGUGAGCCUUGUGUCACCUCUCCAUGUUUUGUGGCUCUCAACCCCCAACAUUUACUUGUUUUGGAAAACAACAGUAAUCAUCCGCAUUUAGUGGUCAAACUACAAGACAUCAAGAGCAUGCGUACCAUGCGUUCACUGGACAGCAACACUCAUCCUGGGGUGGAGAUCCAUUAUGGUUCUGCUACUGACCCCCACACACUGUGGGUGGAACUCCCAGAGGCAAAGUUGCUGUACCACACUAUAGCUUUAAUGAUAGAACAUUUGGACACCACACCUCAAUAGACCUGACGGAAGACAUUUGUGAUCAUGUGUAGACAAAAGUGACUGACAUGCUAUUUGAUAAGUUAUAUGAUUGUACCCCAUCUGUCUGUAAACAACCAUAUUUAAAAUAAGAAUGCAUCUGUGUGAUUGUCUAGAUUAUUCCUGAUUUUCUGAAUGAGACCACUAGAUUUAGGAUCACUUGUGCUAAUUUCUAAGACGCCCUCUGCUUCCUUCUUCCUUUACCAGCUCAAAUGUACCAGACUGUAAAAUAAUUUGUCCACUCAAGGUGUCAUAAUUAAAUAGCAGACUCUUUUUAUGUUGCAUACAAUGUUAUGAAAGAUGGCAAAUGUGUAUGUUGUAUUGUAUAAUAUAAUAAUGAUGACAGAUUAAAAUGUAUUAUACUGCAGGGUGAUAACGUAAGAGAAGUUAGACCAAUCUACCAAUCACUUGGCAAGCAUGCAAUUUUUUUUGUGUGUAGGUGAUAUUUCCUCUAAUAUAAAAAAAAAAACUGACCUUUUUCCCAAAUGUGAUCCUUUGGUCAUAAUAUACAAUAUUUCUGUAUCUGUAUCAACAAGAUUUUGAUUUGUGGUAAUAAAUAUCUGAAAUAAAGAAAAAAAAUGUGAGAAAUGAAAA